UUUAGAACAGCAGUCGUGUGUAGAGUCAUGCCUUUAAAUGGCUUCAUCUCACCACUCUCACUUUUGCACAGGAUUUAGCUUAUAUCAGUGGGGACUGGACUUUUUUUGGCUACCUCUUCACAGAAUUCUCCAACACAACAAUGGAUCUUCAUCCAAAAAAUUUCACAAACUGCUCCAUCAGUGAUUUCAAGCGCACCGUCUACCCAAUUGCCUAUCUGUUCAUCUUUUUUCUUGGGCUUCUUGGGAACCUCAUAUCUCUGUUCUUCUUCAUUUCCUCAUCGUUUAGAAGAAAAGCAUCUUUUUCUCCUGUCAACAUCCUCAUGCUCAAUCUCCUUCUAUCUGACCUGAUGAUGGUGUGCUCGCUGCCAUUCAGAGCUGCCUACUAUCUCAUGGACUACUGGGCCUUUGGAGACAUCACCUGUCGGAUCAUGUCCUAUGUCUUCUACAUCAACAUGUAUGGUAGCAUCUACUUCCUUGCGGUUCUGAGCAUGGUUCGCUUUGUGGCCAUUGUGAAGCCAUUCGCAUACAUUCGCUGGCAAAGCUCUCAGAGAGCCUGGAUAUUGUGCAUUGUCGUCUGGCUGAUCGUCUCUGUGGCGUCCAUCCCGCUUCUGAAAGCCGGAACUUAUGAGGAGUCUAAUCAGACCAAGUGCCUAGAUCUGAGGCCGUCCCAGGUGGGGACCAUUAUCAUGUUGAAUCGAGCGGUUUUAUUUAUAGGUUUCAUUCUGCCCUUUGUGGUUAUCUCAGUCUGUUACAUUUUUGCAGCCUUCUAUUUGCUAAAGCUAAGAAGGACCAGGCCGAAUCAAAGAUCUCAGUUCAAUCACAAGAAGUCCUGCUCUCUCGUCAUUAUUGUUCUGCUGAUGUUCCUUGCAUGUUUUAUGCCAUAUCAUGUCGUCCGAACUCUGUUUUUGGAGGCUGAGAUGGACAUUCAAAACAAUGGUUAUGACGAGUCCUGCCAUUAUAUUGAAAGCCUGAGAAAGGCAGCAGUCAUCGCACACUGUCUGGCCUCAGGAAACAGUGCCUGGAUCCAUUGCUUUUCUUUUUCGUUGGGGAAAACUUCAUCAGCUUUUGGCGACAACAUACACCACGAAGACAGAGUUGUAUGAUUGAGCAGAAUGUGAACGUGUUGGAGAAGAUAAAAAAAAAUGAUAUAGAGAGACAGUUUAGACUAGUAUAGGCUGCUUGGGACCUGUUGAGACUUGAGGGGGAAAUCCCUGAAAAAGACCGUAUACCAUAUCUGGUGGAUCUGUUGUCCCAUGCAGGAAGAACUCGAUUAAACUCCAGCAGGAAAGCACUGUUUCCAUCCCAUGUGUUAAAGAGAACAAAACAGAUAAUUAUACCAAAUCUUUUUGCUAAUGCAUUUCAGUAUGAUUAAAAUAACACAUUAGAUGAUGUGCAAUGGAGUUGGUCCACUGGUCCAGUUAUCCAAACACAUGAUCUGUGGAGGCAAAGUUACAUGAGUUAUUUUUUAUGCAUAGUCGAAUUUUAUUGGUACAUGUGUUUCCCAUUUAGUUUAUACGCAUACUUUCUCAUCAGAUAAAAUUUAUCUGCCUCAGCUGGACUCAAAUGUUUAUUAUGCAUUUUUUUGUAAGGACCUACAUGAGAGUAAGUGCUUACAUGUGUACAGUUCAAAUGGAUUCUUUUAAAGUACAGAAUAAGUACUGAUAACAUAUUGUCAGUAAUAUUAUAUUAUUUGCUUUGAUGUGUAUUAGCAGAUUACACAACUGUACUGAACUGUACUGAACUCACCAAGUUAGCAGUUAUUGUUAAUGAGGUCAUGCUGUAAUUGUUGUAAUUAACAUAAUUGUAAAUAAUACAGUAUUGCCAAAACGGACCUGAUUUUUGUAUUAUGUAUUAUUUUUUAAUUAUAUGAUUUUUUUCUACAACUGUUGGAGUUUUUCUCUGUAAUGUUAAAAUACAA